ACAGGGGGAGGAAGUGGGAGCGCGUCAUUUCCGCCUCAGGCGGGCCCGGCGCUCUCUGCGGCGCCCCAGUGCGCAUGCGUCCCACUCUCUUCGAGCGCCGUGGCGGGAAGAGGCGAACUCAGCAUGGGCGAGGCCGCGCAGGGCUCCAAGGCCAGAGGAGGAAGAGUCGUGCCGUCCCGGUACUUGCAGUAUGACAGGAAAAACGCCUCAAAGGCCGAUAUUAGCCAGUCUGCCUCCAAAGGGCUGGAGAGGGCAGCCUCUACCAAGAGACACCCAGCUCAGUGUCAGAAGCAGAAAAGUCGUGCAGAAACAACCUUCGGGGUACUGCAGUCCACAGCCCUGGAAGACCACGGGAAUGCUCGACCCGACCUGGAAUUCUCGGUGAUCAAUGACGAAGCCCGACCUGGGACGGCUCUCUCAAAGCCAAAUACUGCCGGGAAAAGUGCCUCCAGGAAACAGCAGAGCCUGAUGUCUGCUGAUGCAGAAGAUCUGAUUCAAAUGCUGGACUCUCAGACGCUGCUUUUAACAUACGCCUCCGUCAAGAUGGAGAGAAACCUUGCUGCCCUGGAGGAGAAAGAAGAGAGGAACUUGCUGGCCCUCUUAAAGGAACGUGAGAAACUUCAGAGCGAGGCCCACAGGAAGAAACUCAGACUUCUGCAGCUGAAGAAAGAGCAGGACCUCCGUGAUGUGCUCAGCGGACAGCUUGAAGUGCUUGCUCCCAUUGCAGAGCGGCUUGCCAAUUUCCACGAGGAGUACAAGCAGUUUGCCACUUCUCUGGACUCGACGCGGCAUGAAUUGCCCCUGAAAGAGAUCCAUACGGGAGAGAAUCGGAGUCAGUACCUUGCUGACCUGCAGGAACACCUGACGGCCACUCAGAGCGUUCUAAAGAAGAGCCUGCAGGAACAUUCGGAGCACAACGCCCAAGCGCUGCCCGCGGUGAAGGAGCUGGAAGAGACGUCUCUGAAGCUGGCGGAUGAGCUCCCCAGGAGCUUUGCCACCGUGCUGAAGCUUUCUGCCGACGUGAGCAAGGAGGUCUCGCUGCACCACCAGAAAAGCUGCGAAGACACCUUGGGGCUGGAGGCCAUGAAGCAAUAUUACUUCCCUUAGGCCUGGACUCUUGGUGGACUGGAGCUCCUUUCCCUGGCAACCAGCUGCGACGGCACUGCCUUUGCCAGAAAGCAUCCACUGCCCUUUCACAUUUGCCGUGUUUGAUAUUAAACACACUUUUUCGCCGCGA